GCUACUUCUUGGGCAACGCCGCGCCCCCGCCCUCCGUCACCGUCGAGCUGCUGUUGCAGGAUAUCUGGGUCUCCGGCGCCGGCGUUGGCUGCACCAUCAACGGUCUGUACUCCCGGAUCGGCUCAUUGAAUGGACGGCCGAAGUACCAGCAGGUGAAUGGCCAUGCCAUUGUGUACUUCAACGAGCACUGGAAGAUCAAUGACCGCGAUGAUGUGUCAGGCUGGCAUUACCAGCAUCCAGAUACGACGUCCGAGACGCCGCCUAGUGGCUACUGGACGUCUGAGGGCUACUUCUUUGACGACGCCGACCCCCAACCGGUGGUCGCCAGUAUCACACUUGAGAUGCAGCGCGGCCACCGGUCGCCGCAAAGCCGCCUGCAGCACGCUGCUCAGCGCGUGGUUGGGAGGUGA